ACAGCACAGAGCACGUGUUUCUGUGUCAGCAUCGUGUCUUUGCGCUUCAGGAGCGACAGACAGGAUCAUAAACAUUACAUCGGAGAAGAAAAAAAAAACAAGGAGAGACACAGACACCAAGCAAAAAGCCGUGUCCCCACAGGAGCGAGCAAUGUCAAGUUUAAAGAAAAGAUAUUCGAAUUCGUCAGCCGAACGGGAUGUGGAAGACAAGGAGGUUACGGAGAAGAUGCUCUCUCCAGUCGGAGGAGAGAAUGGAAACUCAAGCCGGAUGGGAAGCCCGGAUAAGGUACCCGGGGAAGAGAAGGUUGUCCUAGAAAGAACCAUUACCCUGGUGAAUGGCGUAGCUAUCAUAGUGGGUACCAUCAUCGGCUCGGGUAUCUUUGUGACCCCGACUGGAGUGGUGAAGGAAGCCGGGUCCGUCGGACUGUCCCUUGUCGUUUGGGCAGUGUGUGGCGUGUUUUCAACCAUAGGUGCACUGUGUUAUGCUGAGCUGGGCACCACUAUUUCCAAAUCAGGUGGAGACUAUGCUUACAUCCUUGAAGUGUAUGGUUCCCUGCCGGCUUUCCUGAAACUGUGGAUCGAGUUGCUCAUCAUCCGCCCGUCAUCGCAGUACAUUGUCGCGUACGUCUUCGCUACCUACCUUCUCAAGCCAAUCUUCCCUGACUGCCCUGUACCCGAGAAUGGAGCGAAGCUGAUCGCCUGUCUUUGCAUCUUGCUGUUGACUGCUAUAAACUGCUACAGUGUGAAGGCAGCCACGCGGGUCCAGGAUGCCUUUGCAGCUGCCAAGCUCUUUGCCUUGGGCCUCAUCAUCAUUAUUGGUUUUGUGAAGAUUGGCAAAGGUGACACAGUGAACCUCCUACCAGAAAAUUCUUUCAAGAAUUCAAAUUAUGACUUUGGGAACAUUGGUCUGGCCCUAUACAGUGGUCUGUUUGCAUAUGGGGGCUGGAAUUACUUGAACUUUGUUACAGAAGAAAUGAUUGAACCUUACAAGAACCUGCCUCGUGCUAUCAUCAUCUCCCUGCCCAUCGUCACUGUGGUGUACGUACUGACUAACCUGGCCUACUUCACCACUCUGAGUCCAGAAGAGAUGCUCAGCUCUGAGGCUGUGGCUGUGGACUUUGGAAACUACCACCUGGGCCCCAUGGCUUGGAUCAUCCCUGUGUUUGUGGGACUGUCCUGUUUCGGCUCUGUUAAUGGCUCUCUCUUUACAUCAUCCAGGUUGUUCUUUGUGGGCUCAAGAGAAGGCCACCUCCCCAGUCUGCUGUCCAUGAUCCACCCCGACCUGCUGACCCCUCUGCCGUCACUCAUCUUCACAUGCCUCAUGACGCUGCUGUACGCCUUCUCCAACGACAUCUUCUCUGUCAUCAACUUCUUCAGUUUCUUCAACUGGCUCUGUAUUGCCAUGGCGAUAAUCGGCAUGAUGUGGCUGCGCUACAAGAAACCUGAGCUGGAACGACCAAUUAAGGUGAAUAUCCUGCUGCCUAUCAGCUUUGUCCUGGCUUGUAUGUUCCUUAUCGUGGUGUCCAUCUGGAAAACACCUGUGGAGUGUGCCAUUGGCUUUGGCAUCAUUGCCACUGGAGUGCCAGUCUACUACAUUGGCGUUUGGUGGCAAAACAAGCCCAAAUGGCUCCUUCAGUUUAUCUUCUCUUCCACGGCGCUUUGCCAGAAGCUGAUUGGGGUGGUACCACAGGAAUCCUGA